GUAGAGUCAGUGAGAGGUGGAAGUGUUGCUCCCGCGCUCGUGUACCAGCCUAGCGAAUAACUUGUUUUUUAACGAAGGCCCUGACCAAUGCUGGCGCGCAGGAAGUGCAAGUGACAAAAAAAGGGAAAAAAUCGCGAAAGGCUUGAGUACCUUCCAGCAGACGACCGCCGGAGAUCCUACCAUCGCGACCUGCUCAAUCAACCGCCGCCCUUGCAUGCAACAUUGCCACGGCAUCAUAACCGAUGAGAUGGCCGGGGGCGGCGUCCCCCCUCCCUCGCCCCCUCCCUCCCCCCCGACGCCGACGCCCUUCGAGUCCUCCGAGCGCCGCCCCGCACACGCCGACGCCGCUCUGCCCGCGACACUGACGGCAUCUGGCCCGCCGCUCCAGCGCUCUGCCCUCCGCGCGCUCUCCGCCGUCGCCGCCGCCGCCGCCGCAGCAGCCGCCGCCACGCCCUAGCGAUGCUGUGCUUAAAGCAGAUGGGCGACACAGCCGCGAGCCCUCCAGGAGACGACCUGCGGCUCGCGGCGGGGGACAGCGCCAGCGACGAGGAGGGGGCCGACGGGGCCGACGGGGGCGAGGCCGCGACGGGGGGCGGCGGCAGGAGGCACAACAACACGCUCGCGAGGGCGCUGUGCGGCCUGCUGGCCAGCCUGGCCGACAGACUCAAGUGCGGGCGCCAGAACAGGAAGAGACAGGUGAGCGCCAGCAAAGACGAGUUUGUGAAAGAAGGAGGCAACGGCUUCGGGGAAAUCUUGGUGGUGAGUGGGAAUGGAACGGAGUGGCAGACGUAA